AUGGCCUUGAGGAACCACAGCACAGUCACCGAGUUUAUUCUCAUGGGGCUGUCUGACGACCCCCACAUCGAGGCCCUGCUCUUCGUGCUCUUCCUGGUGAUUUACCUCCUGACCCUGAUGGGGAACCUGAUGCUGCUGCUGGUGAUCAGAGCUGAUUCCCACCUCCACACCCCCAUGUACUUCUUCCUGAGUAAUCUAUCAUUCCUGGACCUCUGCUUCUCCUCUGUCACGGUGCCCAAGCUGCUGGUGGACCUCCUGUCUGAAAAGAAAACUAUCUCGGUAGAGGGCUGCCUGGCCCAGGUCUUCUUUGUGUUCAUCACUGCAGGGACUGAAGCCUGUCUGCUCUCAGUGAUGGCCUAUGACCGCUAUGCUGCCAUCUGCCAUCCGCUACUCUACGGGCAGGUGAUGAUCCACGAGCUCUGUGUGAGGCUGGUGUUGGUCUCGUGGAGCCUGGCCAGUCUCAAUGCAUUCAUUAUUGUGCUGUUGGCUAUUAACCUGGACUUCUGUGAGAACCAAACCAUACACCACUAUACUUGUGAGCUGCCUGCUCUCUUUCCCCUGUCUUGCUCUGAUACAUCCUUCAGUAACAAUAUCCUGCUCAUCUGCAGCUUACUGCAUGGGCUUGGAACCUUUCUACCCAUCUUCUUCUCCUAUGCUCGUAUUAUCGCUACCAUCCUGAGCAUCAGCUCCACCACAGGGAGAAGCAAGGCCUUCUCCACCUGCUCCUCCCACCUCAUUGCAGUGAUCCUAUUCUUUGGCUCAGGUUUCCUUUGUUAUCUCUUGCCCCCUUCUGGUUCCUUCCUGGAUUUGCUCUUGUCCUUGCAGUAUAGUAUGGUCACACCCAUUCUGAAUCCACUCAUCUACAGCCUGAAGAACAAGGAAGUAAAGGCAGCUGUGAAAAGGACAUUGGAGAAAUAUCUGAUAUUUUAG